AUGGCCCUCAACUACAUCACCUUCAACCAGGACCACAGCUUCCUGGCUGUCGCGACUACCGAUGGCAUGCGCGUCUAUUCAACCAACCCCUUCGCUCUCGUUUUCCAAACUCCUCUGACCGAAAAUGGCGCGUCCGGCGACAUUGCAAUCCUUGAGAUGCUCUUCUCCACCUCGCUUGUCGCCAUGGUCCUGUCACCGCGACUUCUGCGUAUAGUCAAUACGAAGCGUCAAACUACGGUAUGCGAGCUCACCUUCCCUGCUCGCGUCGGUGCUGUCAGAUUAAAUCGCAAGCGUCUACUCGUCGUCAUGGAAGACCUCAUGUUCGUCUACGAUGUUUCGUCUAUGAAGGUUCUCAAGGAAAUCGUAACUCCCUCGAAUCCCUACGCCAUAUGCGCUCUCUCUCCCGACUCGACAAACAACUACAUUGCAUACCCCAUGCGCAAGAAAGAAUAUACUGCCCAACCAGCGCCGAACCAUGUGCCUCCGGCUGGUCCACGAGUUACUGAACCAAUGAGCGGAGAGGUCAUGCUUUACAAUGCCAAUGAUAUGCAAGAAGUUAAGGUCAUUACUGCUCAUCAGACUCCUCUGUCAUGCAUGGCAAUGAACAAGGAAGGCACACUAUUGGCCACCGCCUCAGAAAAGGGUACUGUCAUCAGAGUAUUUGCCAUCCCGUCCGCACAGAAAGUCUACCAAUUCCGCAGNGGCAGCAUGCCUGCUCGCAUCCAUUGCAUGACUUUCAACGAAGCGAGCACCUUGUUGUGUGUUUCUAGCGCCACCGAGACUGUUCACAUCUUCCGCCUCUCUAGCGAUAACGCUCUCCCAGACUCAGGUCUAGAAUCGCCAUCUGCUCCCUCAACACCGCAGCGGUACCAACGUCAACGCAGCGAAAGCCCAAACGACUCGUCUGAUCCCUCGUCAAGCUCAAUGCUCGGUGACUCUACCACAGAGCCUUCUGCGAGACCGCUGCGGUCUCCAGGCUGGAUGUCCAUGGUCCGUCGCACCUCGCAAAAUGUCUCUACAUCGUUAGUGUCGCGUGCUGCAGGAUACUUGCCGAAUGCCGUCACCGAGGUCUGGGAUCCGGUCCGAGACUUUGCCUGGGUCAAGAUACCUAAAGGGCGUAAUGGUGCACCCGUCAAAAGUGUAGUCGCCAUGGGUGAGGCAGCUCCUGAGGUCAUGGUCGCCACUAGCGAAGGCGACUUNUUAAUCUACAACAUCGACCUCGAGAACGGCGGCGAAGGCCGACUGGUCAGACAACAUUCCGUCCGGGAACGCAGUGAGACACAUAGUGGUUUCAACACUGAUUAG